AUGGACAGCUCGGCGAGCUCGCGGGCGUCCAUAGCAAGCAUCGCCCAUCUGCCGCGCCUCACAGAGACGGGCGAGAUCAAUCGCGCCUUGCCCAAGGUCCCGCUGCGUGUGCCGCAAAAGAACCCUCGCCGCAGCCUGCCCCCCGGCGGCUUCCCCCCGAGCGGCAGCGGACCGACGCCGUACGUGUCGCCGGAUGGAAGUCCGCAUCCGUCUGUGCCCCCGACGCCGACAUCGCCAAUGUCCCCGCCGAUUUCCCCGUUCAAGAUGACUGCGUCGGACGCGGAGACGAAUGAGUUUCACAGCCCACGCGGGUCGGUGACGCCGCAAAAUAUGGCCGAGGCGGAGGAGCCAGAGGACGAAAAGGAGUGGAUCGACCACAGAAAGAGACGAUGCCGGUUCAUGAUUCUCGUGGGUGUCUUCACUGCCAUUGUUGCUGCUCUCACCAUUGGACUUGCAGUUGGACUGAGCAAAAGCAGCGGCAAAUCCGGCAGCAAGUCGUCCUCGGGCGGCUCGGCCAACGCCGUCUUCCCCGCCGGCUCGUACAGCUUCGACACAUAUCUCCGCGAGAACAGCACCGGCUGCACCUCGCGCGCGACCUCCUGGCGGUGCUACCCCGAGUCCGCCAGCGGCGGCAGCAGCAUCGGCGGGCGCGCCACCUUUUACUGGACGCUGCAGGCCACCGGCCCGCGCAGCUACUACGUCUCGGGCGCCGAGAACCCCUUUGCGCCCGACUUUGCCAACCUGGCGGCCACGAUGCUCGACGCCGACCAGCCCACGGAGCGCCUCACGUUUGCCUUUUCCACCAACAAGACGGUGGUGCCCACCGACGCCGGCGCGCCGGGGAGCCGCGUCGCCCGCUGCACGUACACGGGGACCGUAUUCCAGGCCACGCUGUGGACGCGCCGCCGCGGCGGGCAGCCGUUCGAGGCGCCGAGCCACCCGUCGCAGUAUGCGCCGUGGCCGGGCGACUUUGAGGUGGCGCAGUACAAGAACUCGACGAUUGGGGACCCUGUGUGCGUUGACCAGCAGGGGAAGAGCAUCGCGGACAUACAGGCGGCGGGCGGGAGCUGCAUGUGUCGGUACAGCAGCACGUCCAUGAGCUGA